CCGCACGCAGCUUGCCCGGUGCAGUUGACUUUUUGGUUUCUUUAAAUUUAAAAUAAUUUGAGUGCUCUAUUUUAUUGCAUUGAAGGGUCUAAUUUAAGAAAAAAGUUGUACGCAUUCAGUAUUUACUUGUUUUUACAAUCCAAGUGCUGUGAAAUGAGUUCCGACAGGCGGUCACAAACGAAUCCUUUUGUUUAUUUGGACAUCUCUAUUGAUGGAGUAUCAGCUGGACGAAUUGUGAUCGAGCUGAGGAGCGACGUAGUCCCGAAAACCGCAGAGAACUUCCGGGCGCUUUGUACGGGCGAGAAGGGCAUUGGAGUUUACGGGAAACCUUUACAUUACAAAGGAGUCAGAUUCCAUAAAGCGGUGAAUCAGUUCAUGGUGCAGGGUGGAGACAUAGUCAACGGCGACGGCAGCUGCGGCGAGAGCAUAUACGGCCCGAAAUUCGAAGACGAGAAUUUUACUCUCACGGCGAAAUCCGGAGUACUGGCGAUGGCGAACGAAGGUCGACCGGACACAAACAGUUCGCAGUUCUGUAUAACGACGAUACCGUGUCCCCACAUAAACGGCACUAACGUUAUAUUCGGGGAGGUGGUCGCCGGAUUCGAACUGGUCGACGAGAUGCAGAGAUACGGCGAAGGGGACGACGGGAGGCCCGGGGCGGAAUGCGUGAUCGAAGACUGCGGCGAAAUAACAGAGCAGAACUGGGACGUGUGCUGCAGGGAUGGCACCUCCGACAAAAUACCCGAAUUCCCGACGGACUGGAGGAAUAUCGGAGCCGUUUCGUUAGACGAUUUAAUAUCGUGCAUAAGGGACGUCAAGGCAGCCGGCAAUGGAAUGUUCAGCGAGCGUCGGUACAAAGCCGCGAUCAGAAAGUACCGCAAGUGCCUCAGAUACGUCGACUACGCUUUGAGUAUAGUACAAGGAAUGCACGAGAAAGAGACAGAACAUAUAAUAGAUUUAACAUCAACGUUUAUACUGCAGUGUAAUUUGAAUCUGGCCGCGUGUUACUCGAGAACCGAAGACUACAGAGCGUGUAUCGAGUGCUGUACGCAGGUGCUGGACAGAAGCCCGCGUAACGAGAAGGCCCUGUACCGGCGAGGCCAAGCGAAUUUCGCCCUUAAGAACUACGAGGCCGCGCUGUCCGAUCUGAGGCGGGCCGAGCGCGCGUCGCCGCACAACCGCGCCGUGCUCGCGCUGCUGGACGAGGUGCGCCGCUGCAGCCGCCGCUACAACGAGCUGCAGAAACAGAGGCUCUCAAAGUUUUUUCGUGAGCAAAAAGAGCGCGCCGCCGCCGCCAACAACUGAGCUGAGGCUGCGGGUGCUAGUGCGCAUCCAGUGACCCCCCAACCCCCCGCACCUAACGGGGGCGCGGUCGUGUAUCUCACUCUAUUCGAUUGCAAACGAACGUGCAAUAUCCUGAUCGUCGCUCACUUGGAUUCGGGAAAAGUGUUAUUUUUAUUCAAAAUUGCCACGCAAAAAUUACUGGGUUGGCCUAGUGGAAAGUUCACGACGCGUGACGUCAUUAGGGGCUAAUAUAAGUGAAUACAUAUAUAUAUUAUAACGGAACUAUUAGCCGUAUAUGACAACGUGCAUUAUGAUUCGUGUUUCAUUUGACAUAAAGAAUGUUUGACGAAUACAUAUAAAAAUAGGAUAUGUUACGCAGACUACACAUACUGUGGGAUAGAUGCAAGAAGUGAGUGAAUAAUCUUUUUGAGGUUUGAUUCAGUGAACUCUGAUUUAUAUAUUGUUUUCAAUGAUACUAUAAUGUUUGUUGUUAGCUUUUUAUUAAUGUUAUUUUUUUACGUUUAUAGACAGGCGACCUUUGGAUUUGACGAGGGGUCACCGUCAAUCCUGGACAACAAAAAUGUCAAGGGCCAAACUGAGGUCCACCGCUUAAGACUUCAAACCGCAUUUAAGUCUUUAAAGAAAACAAAUCUAAUAUAAAAUGAUAAUGGCGGUAGUAGUCGAAAAUAAUUUUGGUCGCGGUAAAUAGCUAAUUUGAAUUUGUGGGUAGAUCGUAGCGCCUCCUAAAAGUUUUGCAGGAUAAAAAACAUACCAAUUUACAAAUGUUUUAUAUUUAUAACACAGAGCAAUUGAAAAACAUUAGACGCGUGAGAAUGUAAUUAUAUUAGAGGCUCAAUAUUGCGGGUUUCGUUAAAUGUAAAAUGAUUAAGGAUGGUAAGUGUUUAAGCUCGUCUUGGCAAAUUAAUGUUUAUAUUCUUCCUUAUAUUAAUUAAUUAACUUUGUAUGUUACUGUUGACUUUUCGAAAACCGUAUCUUAUUACUCGCAUUUAUUACUACAUACAAAAAAUUACAAAAUUGUUUUUUUUUUUUAAUUAAUAUUUAUAUUUUGUGCUUACUAAGGCCAAUCUGGAUCUCAUGGCCAUAGUAUUUUGUACUGCCAAUUAUUAGGUGAUUAAAGUUUUUUUUUGGUUUUUUUUUUUAGAAAAUAACAAUCUUUGGCAAUUUUGGCAAGGUACUCAAAUUAUAGUUUAGGUUCUAUAGCUAGAUUGGAAUAAAAAAAUAUUUGGAUGAUGUUAUGCUAUAGGGCAAAAUUAAGAAAAUUAGUAAAUAUGCUACUGAACUUGAAAAUGUCUUAAAAUAGUGUAUUAGGUUUUAUAUUUUUUUUUUUGAAAUAGUAUAUUAGGUUUUAUAUAAUUUUUAAUCCCUAAAAAGGAUGAAUCGAUUAGAUGAUAUAUAUUGUGAUCUUCAAAUUAGAUGAAUUAUUUUGUUUUGAUUUAUAAGACUUUGAAAUCACAUUUAUAUUUAUAUUGUACAUUAAAUUUGAAGGAAGCUUUGAUUACGGUUCUCAGUUGAAACUUGGAUUUUUUUUUUAAGUUUUUUAAUGGCCACAUUAAAAAGUUGUUUUGUAUGCAAGCAAUGUGCCUAUUUUAAAAUUAAUUUAGCAAUUACUAGAUCUUCGUGUAAAGCCAUUUAAUGGAUAGGUUAAUAAUCAAUUCACGAAUUUUAAUGGCCAGUAACGAUCGCAAUAGUAAUUAGUGUGCUUUGACGACUGGAUCUACUAAUGAUGUGGUUGUACGAUAAGGAACCAAUUUACAAACUAAUUAUGAACCUUUUAUGUGAAUCAAAAUUGUCCGUUAUAAAUGCAAACGCGUAAUUUCUGUUGGCGUACCAGGUUUGAUCAUAAAAAUGAUCGAACUUAUACAAUCGAAUAUUUUAUUAAAUGGGUCUAUCUGUUUAACUCCGACCUAGUUAGCUGAGUAGUGUAACGAAUUUGGCUGUUAUUAAAUAAAUUUGUAGUAUAUAAGAAAAUUAUCACUGCCUUUUCGAAAAGUAUUUUAGUAUUGUGUUCAUGGAUUAUGAAUUGUUUUAAAAUUUAUAUCUUUUUUAUUGUAAAUUAUAUUAAUGUUUCGGUGAACAUGACGGUAACAGUAAGGGUGAUGUUUGUUUAAUGGCUCACGACCCCAGGCCAGGUAACUGUGGAUGGAGAUUGUUAAUGUGGUCGCCUACUGAGUUUCUCGCCGGAUCAUCUCAGGGGGUCGCGUUUCCGAUCCGGUGGUAGAUUCUACCAAGCACUGCUCUUGCUAGGGCCAGUGUUAGCAAA